AUAUACAUAUACAGAAAUAUAAAGAAAAAAAAUAUGAGUGCUCAAAUAUCAACAGCGAGACCAACAGACGCUCAGUCUCCGUUAAACCGUUCGCGGUCUCCGAUAAUUACUUCCAGUGAUAUUAAUAAUAGAAUUGUGGACAAGUGCAAAGUUAAUCUGGAAGUUAUCAAAGCUGGAGUAAAACGACCCGCGAAUUUUGAAAUUGAUAAACCGAAAUUACUGCUGACUGUCGGACAAGAUAUUAAUAAUCAUAAUAAUAAUAAUAAAAAUAAAGAUAUAAGUAUGCCAUCGUUAACGAGAAAGUGUUCUACUAUUCCGCGGAUUAAACGACUUAAUUUUCAACAUUUUAAAGUAUCAGCACCACCGUCAGCCCAAGUUUCAAACAAAAAAAGCCUAAAAAUGUCAACCCUAGUCUACGAACCCGUUUCACGUCCCCGCGAUAAUUUAAAACUGGCAUUAAAUCGGAGCCUCUCUGAACCAGGACCGGGUCCAACUGAGCGUUACUUAAUGACGCCGACUUCUCCCACUCUUUCGACGAUAUCCUCCAGCAGCAGCAAUCAGGAUGCAAGCGGCGGAAGUACAAACAGUAUCGAUAUUGGUGAUGAUUUACACCGCAUGCAUAAUCAACACUCGUACAAUCUUCAGUACCAGCAUUUUAAUUAUAUAAGAAGUGUCUUACCCACCAGUUCGUGUUCAAAACGUUCAAAACUUGACGUAAGCUCUGGUGAAAUGGGAGGCGGGAGUUUACCAACGAGUCCUUGUUUACCUGACGGUGGAAACUUGCAGCGACAAUUAAUUUUGCACAAGUCGCGGACUAUUGAACCUGACGUUCUCGCCAGCAGAAUUAAUACGUCAACGGAUCUGGUUCUGCUUGACUGCCGGCCCUUUACGGUUUAUAAUACGAAUCAUAUUCGUGGUGCUAUUAAUUUAAAUUGCUGUGACCGAAUUAAUAGGAAGCGAUUGAUGCAGAAAAAAGUAACACUCGCGGAUCUCGCGCCUGAAAAAAAUGACAAAGAUUUAUUGAGACGUAAAAAUUAUCGGCAAGUUAUUUUGUAUGAUGACUGUACUGAUGAUUUGGAGCAUUUGCCCCAAGAACAUCCGAUUUUUUUGGUACUCACUGCACUUAUUGAAGAUAAAAAAGAACCUGUUGUUCUUCUUGGAGGUCACCGAGAAUUCCAGCGGAGACAUCGUGACCUUUGUGAGGACACACUUUUACCGGGCAACUCAUUGUCUCUGUCACCAUCUGGAUGCCCAAGUCCUGGACCAGGAUGUCCGGUGAUAAUGGGACCGCCGACACCGCAGCCAGCUGACAUUGAUAACCAUCCAGCGUCACGUGUCCUGCCGUUUCUUUAUUUGGGCAACGGCCGCGAUGCCGCUGAUUUACAAUUACUCCAGGCGCUUGGUGCUACUCGCGUUCUAAAUGUUACGUCACAAUUACCUGGUUAUCAUGAGUCACGUGGUAUUACGUAUCUUCAAAUACCCGCGAAUGAUUCAGGACAUCAAAACUUGAAGCAGUACUUCGAGCAAGCUUUCGAUUUUAUUGAGGAAGCAAGAAAUGCUGGUAGUAGUGUGUUAGUACAUUGUCAAGCCGGCAUAUCACGUAGUGCAACAAUAGCAAUUGCAUACAUAAUGCGUCACAAGGGCCUCGCAAUGAUCGACGCAUACAAACUCGUUAAAAAUGCUCGCCCCAUUAUAAGUCCGAAUUUGAAUUUUAUGGGACAAUUGUUGGAGCUUGAACAAGGUUUAAAGGCAGCUAAUGAUUGUCUACAACAACCACAACCACAGCAACAACAAGAACAAGAACAAGAACAAUCGCAACAACAACAACAACAACAACAAGAACAACAACAGCAAUCGCAAGAAGAACCAAAAAAUUGUCAUUUUCACUGGAGCCAUAAUAACGAUAAAGUUUCUUCUGGCUGCAGUAUAUAAACUAUUACUAUUAAAUACGCGUAAUUAUCAAUGUUUACAUAUCUUAACGACGUGUCUUUAAAAAAAAAAAAUAUCCGGUAAUUGCCGCGCCCGCGCUUCGAUCAUAACUCGCUUCAAAGGCUGACAAUUAAAAGGAAAAAUAUCUAAUUAAUUAAUUAAAUAAUUAUUAAUGCGAGUAGAUUGAGGCCGGAUAAUUCAUUAUUUUAUUUUAUUAUUAUUAUUAUUAUUAUUAUUAUUUUUUUUUUUUUUUUUUUGAAAAUGAGAUUGUACUUAGAAAAAUAUAAGACAGGGAUUUUUUGUUUGAAUUUUUUAAGACUGGACGGUGUUACUUCUCGUAGAUUGGGCAUUAUCUUUUUAAAUAUUUACUUUAGGAAAAAAUUGAUAGAGUAAAUAUCUAGUAAAUAAAUAAAUUAAUAAAAAUGGUCCUUGACCUUAUCACAUUAUCUCAAAUCCUCACAAAGUUACGACCAAUUUAAAAUUAAAUAAUUUAAUUUCGUCUUAUCGUUAACUAAAAAUGUUUUUAUUUAUUCGAUAAAAUAAAAACCUGGCCAAAUUACCUCACUUGCUGUCUAAAUUCGCUUCCCUUCCAUCAUUCGGCACGAAAAUAUUUUUUAUAUUUAAACGAAUACGCCCACGAGAAGUACGAAAAAUCUGCAAGUGAAAAAAAAAAAUGGCGGCCGCGCUCUUCCUUGAACAUUUUUGUUUUACCCCUUCCUAUUUUAUUAUUGAAUUUGUUCCUGUAGCAUUUAAGGAUCAUUAGGAUCCAAAGUGAUCUAGUCGUUCGGGACAUUUUGCCGCAUCUAAAAAAAUAAAAAAGUAUAAAUAAUUUUUUUUUUUUUUUUUUUUUACGAUAGAUUUCAGUAUUCAUCGGUAGCUUACAUUAAUUAACGGUUUAAUUAAUCAGUAAAUUAAUUUAAUAGACGUGUAAAUAUACCAAAUAUAAAAUGCAAGGAAUGAGUCAAUCGUAUGAACGAAAGAUGUAUAUUUAUAUUAAUGGAUGUAUUGAUAAAUUGAUUAAUGAUGAAAAAAUGGCCUACAGAUAACCUCAACUUGACAAUAAAACAAAAUAAUUACAUAUCAAUAAAUAAAAACGCCUUUUAAAUUACGUAAUUAUAAAAUAUUAAAAUGAUAACAGGUCAUAUUUUUUUAAUUAUUAAAAGAUGUAAAAUACUUUAAUAAAUGUAAAUAGAAAUAAUUAACAAAAUAUUAUAUUGAUUUGAGGUUAAUUUGAGUAAGAGUGAAUUUUGAGAUAAUAAUUAAUUGCGAGUAUUGUUUAUUUAUAAAUUUAAUAAUUAAUAAGCGAAUCCCAACGAAACGUUAAUUUUUGAGGUUAGAGGGAGUUUAUAGAUUAAGUGUAGAUAUUAUUAAGCAAUUAAUUUAAUAAAAGUAAUUACGUGUGUAAAUGGAUAUUUAAUAUUGAAAGAGGAUAUUUUAUAAAUAUUAAUUAUUGAUUAAUAAAGAAUUGAUGGUAAAUAUUA